UCAACUUAUAAACACUCCCAAACACUCUAUAAAUUUGUGAUUUAUGUAAGCUGCCCUUCUUUUUUCUCCCCUCUAUUCUAGGCCUUUCUUUUUCUUAAAAAAAUAAAAAAUAAAUAAAAUUAUAGGGGAAGGUUGUGGAAUGGAGUAGGGGGUUCUUGUUCGUUUAAUAAAGUCUACGCGUUUCACCAAAAUUCUCUGCACAAUUGACAUCAGAAACGCCCUUGAAUACGAUGGCGGUGAAUCCUCAACUCUUUCCGAAUGGUAUGCCGGUACCUUUCGUCAAUGAACUCUUCGUCUUGGCCAGAGAUGGCGUCGAGUUUGAGGUCGACAAAAUCCCUGGCCUAGGAGCAGUAAAAGCAAAGGGAACAGUCUAUUUAUCGAACAUUCGUAUGGUCUUUGUUUCAAUUAAGCCUGUGGAAAACUUCAUUGCAUUUGACAUGCCCAUGCUCUAUGUCCAUGGCGAAAAGUUCAACCAACCAAUAUUUUUCUGUAAUAACAUAUCUGGACAAGUGGAUCCAGUUAUACCAGAAAAUGAAAAUAGGGCCUUGUACUCCACUCACUCGUUCAAGAUUUUAUUCAAGGAAGGUGGCUGUGGAACUUUUAUUCCUCUAUUUUUCAAUUUAAUUGCCUCAGUGAGACGAUACCACCAACAGUCUAGGGCAGAACCUAGAGUAGAUCCUCUGCAAGCAGCACAAACUCCUGUGGAUGAGAUGAUGAGACAUGCUUACGUGGAUCCUAAUGAUCCAACAAGAAUUUUCUUGCAGCAGCCUAGUACAGAAUCUCAACUCAGGCGCCGAACAUACCAGUCAACCAGCUGAAACUUGUUGCCAGUUUGUUUUUUGGACAUGUCCCUAUUCCGUCCGUCUUUGGUUGCACUCUCUUUUCAAAGUGAGAGCAAUGUAUGAUGUAUAUGCAGUCACUUGUAAUCCUAAAACGUUUGUAGGGAUUAAAUCUAUUUUGCGUGUGUAUACAAAUACUACUAAUAGACUACUACACCUAUUCUAUUUUUUGACUCUUGUUGACUUGAUAAUCAAGAAAUUUACUUCAUUCUAA